GCUUCGCAUUUGCAUUUGCACAUCAUCAUCAUCAAAAAACGGCGGCUGACGCUGGACUCUGUGUUGGCAAAAAGUGAAAAAUCCAAAAGCUAGCAAAAACAAAAAAAGCUACGCCACGCAAAGGUGAGUGUUCGGUGCAUAUUUAUUUAUCGAAUCAGUUAAUUCGUCGUGUGUGAUAAGAGGUAGUGAUUCGGCAGCGUAAAGCGAAAUUUUUUGAUCGGAGCUUGCAGAAUCCGGGACUCUGAUAAGGUGCGAAGAGAAGAAAACAAGAAGAGUAGUUUGACCUUCCCCCAGGGCCAGGAAGAGGACACCGGAGGACUUCGAGACCGGAAAGAGAGAAAUCAAAGUGCAAACGUGAGUGGCCUGUAGAAAGACGGUCAAAGCCAAAACGCCGAAGUUUCAGAAGCGAAAGGAAUUACUAUUACUGAUACGAGAAAAAGGAAAAUAUCGUGGUGGCCGAUGAUCAGUGAGUGGCGCUUGAUGGCAUUUUGGAGCACUUGAUUUAUUCGAUCGAUUGACGUAGUUUUUGAAUCAGCAGAGCAGAUCACACAAACGGAACCAUGGGGGCUAUAUUUUCACGAUUUCGGAAAGAGAAAACCACCUACGAGCUGUUGGAGAACCUGGAGGAAAAGAUAAGAGACAUCGAAGAGUACACAAUCACCACCCAACAGCGGCAGAAGCGCUUCGUGGCCAACUUCCUGGUCAUCUCGAUUGGCCUGUACGUGAUAUCGUUUGCGGUGUUCUACUUUGUGUUUUUCCCGCCAACAUGGAACGAACGUAUCAUCCACUCGCUGCCGCUGCUCAUCUGCCCGAUGAUCAUCACAUUAAUCAAAAAAGUGCUGGCAUGGUACUUCGAGCAAAAAGUGGUGAGCAACACAAACGAACUCAAAGUGCUUCGGGCCCAGAAGAAGAAGAUUCUCGAGAAGGUAAUGGAUAAGGAAACCUACAAGGUAGCGGUGGAUAUAUUGAACAAAUUCGGAGACAAGCCUCUAAAAACAACGCCGACUCAGGAUAUGAGUGGGAUAUCGCCGAUGAAAGCUCCCCAACCGAUGGCGGGAACACCAAAAGGUCCAGUCCCGGCGAGAGCUGCUCAUGGACCACAAUCUGCUCCGACUCAACAGCAGAUGACGCCGAUGCGACCACAGAUGCAGCCCAACACACCGAUGGGAGUGAAUGCGAAUAUGAGGCUCCCUAAUCCGAAUAUGCAAACUUCAUUCCAUCAACCGCAAUCGGCUGGCCCCAAUCCUCAAAGUAUGCCAUAUCGACGGACACCCUAUCCCAUCAUCAACCACAGCGAGAAGGGGGUCAUCGAAAAGAUGGUGGACUACCUGGUGGGUGAUGGGCCCAGUAGUCGCUUCGCCAUGAUCUGCCAGCAUUGCCUCAUGCACAACGGUAUGGCCCUGCAAGAAGAAUACGAAUAUUCGCCAUUCCGGUGUGCCUUCUGUGGGGUUUACAAUCAUGCCAAGAAACAACGGCCACAGGCGCCGAAGCUACCGUUCGAAGUAGCUCUGGCACAAAGAAAACUUAAGGCAGAGGAGUCAGAGGAAUCUGCUGCCGAAGGAAGUGCUAGCGAAGAAACAUCAGCGGAAUCCGAGCAAUUGACACCCGAUCAUGGCGACCCACAAGAAGAUGAAAUGCCAGAAGCCGAUAUGGCUACAAAUUCGCCUGUUGAUGAUCCAUCCGACGAGGUACCGCAGGGUGGAACGAAAUCCGACUGAAGGCUGAGGGGUCCCACUAGCCGAUUGUAGAUGCAUCUACUUCCAUCGUUUGUGAAUAGAAGUGCAGCAAAAGUAGCCCUUUCCAAUCAUAGCUGAUGGCAUUUUCAUCUCCUUGCAUGACUUUGCAUGUCGCUUACGACGCUUUAACCGAAAGUACGCAUCUGUAAGAGCAAAGCCAUGGCCAAUGGAAUUAACCACUGAGAGAAAUGACGAUCUUCCUCUGUAAGCACAUCACUCGCUUGCGUCACUUACCUAUACAGUAACAGUGCAAGAGGAACGAUUGGAAAUUUGAAACAUUGUAAAAUUUUAGCUGAUGUCAACAUCAUUCUAGAUUUAAUUAUAGUUUGACCUUCUUUUCAAUUGUAACAAAAAUUUCACACUAUACAUACUACCGAAAACACAUUUUUAAGCAUUACUUUUCUACAAAAGCAUAUAGAGAGUAGACUGAUUUGUUAUUCUUUUGCUGAGAGAUUUCACCCGAGUUGCAGAGAGGCAAAGUGGAUUAUAAUAAUCAUUUUAGCUACAUAAUUAAGACAAGCAUUUAAACGAUAAAAAUGAUGAUUUUAGACAAAGCGUUUGGACUCGACAUUAAAGUCAGAAAUUUGAAUUGGUGAAGCGUAGACAGAAUUGGUAGGAAAUGCAUGAUUUAAUUUAUCGAAGAAAAACAAUGCAUAACAUGAGUGUUACUAUUAAUUAUAACUUUGUUUUCGUUUUAUAAGAAAAAAGCAAAAAAAUGUCGAUGGAGGUAACAAAUAUAACAUAUUGUUAUUGAAAA